AAAACUGUGGAAUGCAACCAUCUGACACAGGCUUUUCUAAUGGUGUAGGAGAAGCAGAGUAAACUCCUCGAACACACCUGUCUCAGACAGAAAAAGGAGAAAGUAAAGGCCUUUGAUAUGAAAGUCACACGCUUCAUGUUUUGGCUUUUCUCCAUGCUACUAUCCGACAAAAGCCAGGCUUCUGAAACUGAAGUCAAAUGUAAUUUCACCAGAAAGAAUUAUGCUUUGAUUCCAGAGGGCAUCAGUAGCAAUGUUACCAUCCUUGAUCUCAGUUAUAACCAAAUUACUCUGAAUGCUUCAGACACCAGGACGCUACAGAUGUACUCUUUACUCACCGAGCUUUACUUGAUGGAGAACAACAUCACGGCCUUAUAUAACAAUACGUUCAGUAAUCUCCUCAACCUAGAAAUUUUAAAUAUCUGUGGAAAUUCAAUCAGUGUAAUUCAACAGGGUUCAUUUGUUGGUUUAAAUGAGCUAAAACAAUUAUUUCUUUGCCAAAACAAAAUAUUACAACUAACUCCUGAUACACUUGUGCCUCUAAACAACCUGAAAGUUCUGGAUCUUCGAGGCAAUCUGAUAAGCCUCUUCCAUGCACCACGGCUAUCUCAUCUGGAGUUGCUAACUCUGGACGGAAAUCCAUGGAACUGUACCUGUGGUCUACUUGACUUGCAGAACUGGCUAAACACGUCUAAUGUGACAUUAGAAAACGAGAGCAUCACCACGUGUAACUACCCAGAUGACCUAAAGCACUACAGCAUUAAGUCGGCACCCUUUACAACUGAAUGCCACUCUAAAUUUAUUUCUACUAUAGCUGAAGACCUUUAUAUUGAUUUUAAUAGAUCUUUAAAGAACUUAACGUGGAACUCAGAGCAUGAGCCUCUGGGGAAAAGCUGGGCUUUCCUGGUCGGCGUUGUCGCCACUGUCCUGCUAACCUCACUGCUCAUCUUCAUUGCUAUCAAGUGUCCAAUAUGGUACAAUAUUCUGCUGAGUUACAACCAUCAUCGCCUAGAAGAGCACGAAGCAGAAACCUAUGACCAAGGCCUUACAAGAAACCCAAGUUCUCUUUCACAGAUAACAGAUACCAACUCUGAAGACAACACAGUAAUAUUUGAACAGUUGCAUUCAUUUGUGGUAGACGAUGAUGGGUUUAUUGAAGACAGAUACAUAGAUAUCAAUGAGGUACAUGAAGAAAAGUAAUUUUAUCAUGUUGAAAUUUUGAAAAUAGCUUAGACAAAAAGAUUUUUAUUUGGCCAACAAAACUAUAACCAGUAGACCUUCAUAUUAAUUAGUACUUUAUAUAAAUAUCAGUUACUAUUUUUUACUGUAUUGCACAAAAAAGUCCAAAUCCAAUAACUCAUAUACUAGUUAGCUAAAAGUUUAAUAAUUUACCUAUACUACCAGCAAUUACUAGUGUCAGCAGUGUUCAGGAAACUACAGACUGAUAAAAACAAGGCCAAAGGACAAUUAUCAACUAAAAUGAACAAAUUCUGGUAUUAACAAAUACACUUGCUGAGAUGCCUUAAAUUAUACUGAAAUUUUAAUCAAUAAAAAAAUAUAAAUUUAAAAAUGAGGAACGGGAGCUUUAACUAUAUAAUUUGGUGUUAUGUUCACAAAUGAAUUCACAGAAUGAGAAUAUUUUCUAAUGCUGUCUGAACUUAAAAAACAAAAUUUCCGGGGUUGGGGAUUUAGCUCAGUGGUAGAGCGCUUGCCUAGGAAGCGCAAGGCCCUGGGUUUGGUCCCCAGCUCCGAAAAAAAGAACCAAAAAAAAAAAAUUUCCUUAAAAUUUUGUAGUAAUUUUAAAGCACAGGGGCAAUAAUUUGGAAUAACCCCUUACUAAUCACUACUGUCUGUAUUUGACAAUAAUUGUUAAGAAGAGUUCCACAUAUAAUUGCCAUACUUAAUAUUAUAAUGGCUCCUAAACUAGGCAUCAUAACUAAUUAUGAAUUUUCUUUAAAAGAAGAAAACAGUUCUCUACUUCUUUUGGGAGAUUAUUUCUAAAACAAUUCUGAGCUAGAACUGAGAAUAUUUAAGUGCUCCCAAUACAUCUCUGUUUCAAUAAACAGAGCAAUGUUUCCCAAAUUGUUUUCUAGGACACUGAUUUUCUGCAAUAACACUGACAAGCAUUUAUAGAGAAAGGAAAAGGUACCUGGUCAAAUUACUAAAAGAAUUUAAAUCUAAACAUGAUGAAAGAUUUUUUUUUCCUUUAGUACUUAUAUAGAUUUUACUAAGUUCAGGUGUUCUCUGAUAACUCAGGAGUACAGUACUGAGUUUUUGAAGCGCAUCUGCAUAGCAUGUGCAAAUCCCUAAGUCCCUGGGUUUCCUCCCCCCCACCCUUCUUCCCUCCCUGUGUGUCUGUGAGUGUGUGUGUGUGAUAUAUACACACACACUCACAUACACAGACACACACAGAAAUGUCAAAAUUUAUUUAAUAAACCCUUUCUUGAAAGAAUAACUAAUAGUUUACAGCAUAUUAAUAGAUCAAAAGACACAUUCUGGAAAAAAAAUCCCUAACAUAGGAAGGGUCUAUCUAAAGUGAGAUGUUUACCAAUUCUCUUAUAGUAGCUGAGCUACAAAUAUGAUUUGAACAACUUAACAGUUUAGAGUAGAAUUAAAAAUCAGCAAAAUCUGUAUUUUACCAUUCUAUAUGUGGAAAAACUAAGUGUAUUUAUUUGCAUCUUUUAGAGAUAAAGCGAUCUGUAAAACAGUGAACUAUACUUAUGAAGUAGUGUAACACACUUCUGUGAUUUUCUUUGUCUGCAUACAUGGGAAGGGAGAGUGGCCAGAGCUGAAGAUCGAACAGCUAGAAAUGUGAUGACACAACAAUCAUGUGAUGAUACAUGAGUAUACAAUGCUCUGAUGUCCAGUUUCCCUUCAAUAAAGAUAUUCAAAACAAUGUACAUGAUACCUUCUUUUAAAAAAGACUAAUAAUGAAGAUCUAUCCAUAAUCUGCAAAUAAUACUCAUCAAUGACAAUGUAUAAAGCCUACUGAUCGAUUACUCCUUUCAUUAAAGUGGAACUAAAGGUCAUAAUUCAAUCUAGUUAAAAGCCUGGGUUAAAAUUCUAAGUGGCAGAUAUAAAAACAUAAUUCAUCUUAGAGUUUAAGUCUUUAGAAGCAGAAAUCAUAUUUAUAGAACUGGGUAGUCCUUUCCUUUGUAUAAAAUUUAGCUCCUUGGGAGUAAAUAAGACAGCAUAUAUUUGACAAUUAGAUAAAUUUUCUAUUAAGAUGUUAUGGUAGAUUAAGAAAAGAUGAUACAUUUUCUAUUACAAAUAUAUACUUUAAAUGAGAGUUCAGUAAGAUGCCAGCUGUGGUUCCUGCCUGUGGUUCCAGCACUUGGGAGGCUGAGGCAGAAGGAUCCUUGUGAGUCUGAGAUAGCCUACACUACAGAGGACGAUACCGACUCAUGAGAAUCCAACAAUUAAGGGCUGGAGAGAUGGCUCAGGGGUUGGGAGCACUGGGUGCUCUUCCGGAUGCCCACAUGGCAGCUCACAGGUCUCUGUGGCUCAGUGCCAGGGGCUCCAAUGCCCUUGCACAGACAUAGACACAGGCAGAACGCCAGUGCACAUGAAAUAAAAAUAAAUAAAAGUUUAAUCAACAAUUAACAAAAAAGCAAAAUAAGAGAAAAAGUUAAAAUUUUAUAAGGAAACGAUUCACAAGUUAAACCAUCUACCAAAACUCGUUUAUACAUGUGAACUUACGCUUGUCUUUCGGUAAAUAUGACAUCCAUACUUUGUGUUUCUCGAUCAUUUUGAGCUUUAAGCUGUAUAAACAAUUAACACAGACAUUAUUCAUUAGAAAAAUGGUAACCACC